GCGUGUGCUAUUAUGUUUCGUAUCAAAUCCUGACUCAUUUUCUGUAUAAUCCUUAAGAAUGUAUAGGAUGUACAGAUAUAGUUUCUGGACCCAGUUACAUAAAAUGUGAUUAUAGAAUGUCACGUUGCCCGCAUAACUUCUAUAUAUAUAUUUCUUUCCGACUUUUUUGGCAUGAUUUGAGCGCGAUUGCAACCCCGCGUGUUUAGAAUCGUAUUUCGAAAUUCGACGAAAGAAAGCGCCCGCAGACGUCAUCUGAGUCAUCUCGCGUUUGGCCGCUGGCGCUAGCUCUAGCAAAGUGCGAAGGAAACAUGGCGGCCGCACGAUCGAGGAAAAAUGUUUCGGGACAGUUUCAAAUACUACAAAAGCCGAAAUCCCACACCCGAUCUCGGCAACGUGAUCGAUCUCGAAAGUCCAGAUCGCGUCGGGGUUAGAAAGAUCGAGGCGCGCAUAACUGGCGAAUGGACCGAGAACAAUUUCGGCCUCAAUUCGGUGAGGAAAUGGAGCAUUUACGAGUUAUUGGCCAUUCCUGGAUUCAUCUUUAUCCAGAAUCCAUUUACACCUGAUGGCCAACGAUACUGGACCACAAAAUGUCUGAAAGAUUACUCUAAGGAGCCAUACAAGUUAAAUAUAGACGCUCAUAACAUUUUAGAUAACGAAACGUGGUGGGACAUAUGUUUUCAGAAGGACAGGGCUAAAACUCUCCUACCCAAGCUGCGAUGGGCGACACUGGGAUAUCAUCACAAUUGGGACACAAAAUUAUACUCGGAAAACUCGAAAAGCGACAUGCCGACGGAAUUAUCCGGCCUAACGUCCGUUUUGGCAAAAGCAUCAGGUUUCUCGGAUUUCAAAGCGGAAGCUGCGAUUGUGAAUUACUAUCGGAUGAACUCAACUUUAGCGGGGCAUACGGAUCAUUCGGAAAUGAACGUUACAGCGCCACUUUUCUCCAUAAGUUUCGGACAGACAGCGGUAUUUCUGAUUGGUGGUCUUAGACAGGAAGAUCCGGCUAACGCUAUUUUUCUGCGGAGUGGUGACGUAGUGAUAAUGUCGGGAAGCUCCCGUCUGAGAUAUCACGGAGUGCCGCGGAUUUUACCAGGGUCCAAAGCACCCUGGGACGACAAUUGUGAAGGUAAUAGUGAAGGUCCCGCGUACAAUCUGGACGAUUGGCGCAAAGCACGAACUUACAUCACCGAAGCUAGGAUUAAUAUGAAUGUAAGACAGGUUUUGAAACCUGGGCAGAUUGUAUUAUACUGAACCGCAUUGUGAUUUUAUGUACAUAAAUAUUAAAGAUAUAUAUGGAAAUGGGUACACAGAAUUAUAAUAUUGUUUGAAUUAUAAUAUUAAGUUACACUGGUGAUUUUAAGUAAUUUUAGACAAUUCAGUUACUUUACAGAAUUUCAUAAAAAUUUAAAGAUUGAUAAUGUAUGAAAAAUACUGAAUAAUGUAUAGCCUAAUUUUUUUUAUGUAGUGUUCUGCAUUUUUAUAAAUGUAUUUUCUGCC